UUUUGCACUAUCAAACACAUUAGUAGCUUAGAAGUAGAAAACACCCCACAAUCAGUUCGAUUCCUACAUAUUUGUGUUCAAAUUUUAUACUUUUUAGUACUGACGAAAAUGGAGAAGUCUAUCCAGGUGCCAAAGGAGCUGAAAACGCUGCUGAGCUGCGGCCUCUGUCAUCGUCCCUAUGAUCUGGCAAGUGGUUUGCUGCCCCAGGAGCUCGUCUGCCAGCACAGCUUCUGCGAGGAGUGCGUGUACAGGAACACCGAUCGCAGUUCAUCCGAGUGCAUCUGCUAUCUGUGCGGCUAUCGCACGCAGCUGCAUGGCCAGAAGCUGCCGGAAUCCAUGGCCAUCAUGUAUCUGCUACGUGAGCUGCCAGCUUUGGUGCUCGGCAGGGCCAUGCUGGAUUUCUCGGACAAGAAGAGCAGCAGCAGCACUAUGGAAAUUUCCAGUGACGAAGCGCCCAAUGCUGCAGCAAAGAACUGGCUGGAAGAGAUCAGCGUGGACAGCUUUUUGGCCACCAGCGUGGAGCACUGCUUCAUCCAUGCCAUGCCGAACUCCACGUGGUGUCACACCUGCCAGCGCCUGUUGUGCCGCGCCUGCUCGGAUGUUCCGCUGCACCAGGAUCACAUCUUGGUGCGUCAAGUUGAUUACCAUGACCUGAUCCGCCAUCUGCUCAACUCCGAGUUGGCAAAGAUCAAGGGCACAGCCGUGCAGGCCACCGAGUUGGCCACCCGCGAAAUGGAUCUACUACGCGAGCUGUGCGAGGCGUGCUACUACGUGCAGUUGCAUGUGAAGCGUGUGCUGCUGGAGCACCAUCCCAGCAUGGUUGCCGCCACGAUGAUGGGCUGGCAUCGACGCGCCGAGCGGGAUCUGAGUUUAGCCGUGAAUCUGAGUGGUGCCGAAAUGCUGCAGUUGCUCGCCCAUUUGGCCCAACAGCGGCGGCAAUACGAGCGCCAGUUGGGCGAGGUGCACUUCCAGUGUCGGAUGCGGGCCGCAGUCCAGGAGAACGGCAUGCAGGUCCUGGACUUCGAGACACUAAACAAUAGGAUCGCGCGGCUACGCAGCCAUCCGCGUCCUGGCGCCAUUCCGGCCAAUGUGGAGCCACCGCAGGCGCUCAUCCUCACCAACUACUGUGUGUUCGCCUACUGGUGCGAGGUGCAGCGCGAAAUGACUCCGCCGCGCUCCUGGAACCUGAGACCGGAGCCGGACUUACUGCCGCAAUCCCGACGAGCUGUGGUCCCGCCGCACUUCAAUCAUCGCCUGCGGGAGGCGGAGGUCAGGGAUUAUAUGCAGCAGAUCGAACAGGUUCAGGAUCAGGGGCUCAGUCGUCCUCCGUAUGAUGGCUCUCCCGAAUCCUCCUCGUCGCCCAGCAGCAGCAGCAGUAGCAACAGCCAAAGCAAUAUGAUUGCUCUGGACUUGGACCAUGGACUUCGUGAGCUGGUGCUCCAGUGGCAAGCGGAUCUACAGCAGCCGCAACAAGUGCAGCAGCAAGUGCAACAGGAACAGCAGCAGCAGCAGCAUUUACAGCAGCUAGCGUACCCAAUGUACCAGCCAGAAGCGGUCUUCAUCAACGCGGUGGACCAAUUGCAGUCGCCGCUAAUGGGUCAGCCGGUCCAGGAGCAACAUCAGCAAGAUGGCGGUACCAGUUCCUCGGUAAGCAUUGUGCGCCAGCCCACCGUUCACUGUUACCCCAUCUACUUUCUGGACAUGGAAAUAGCAGGCGAACUGGCCGGCCGGGUACUAAUCGAGGUGAGAUCGGAUGCCGCUCCCCGGAUGGCGGACAACUUUGGGGCGCUGGUGCGGCACGAGCGGGGCUACGGCUAUCGGGGCUGCGCCGUCUUCCAGGCCUGGGGUGGCGAGAGCAUCAUCACCGGCGACUUUGAGUCGCAGAGCGGACGCGGUGGACACUCGGCCUUCGAGAGCAGAUACUUUUUGCCAGAUGACACGGGUUUGCCGGCACAUCGGGGAACGGUUGGCAUGCGCAGGGGUCAGCGGCGACAGGAUAGAAGUGGAUUCGUGGGCAGCCAGUUCCGGUUGGUGCUCAACGAGAUGCGCUCCUUCACCGCCAUUUUCGGAUACAUUGUGCAGGGCAUUGAGCUGGUGGACCGGAUUGCGGCCAGUGGCAAUGCUCUGGGACGACCGGCUCUAAGGAGCACCAUCCGGAAUUGUGGCGAGUACCAUUUAAACCGAUAACAAGUCCGACUGAUCCAACAGAUCUAAACCAAAAGCUCCUACACACUUUGAAUGUACAACUCCACCCGAUCGAUAUCUAUAUCUAUAUGUAAUUCCUGGUAUGCAAAUCUUGGUACGAAUUUUGUAGAAAUAAACGCACUACUUUAAACGAUCAAACGACAA